GCUAUGUGACAAGGCUGUUGGCGCCACAAGCCUGUGAUGGGCAGUAGGCAGUACGCCAAGCCCAGGGACCAGCUUCUCUGAAGGCUGCCGGCUGAGCCUUGGGCCGAUUUCCCUUCCGCCUCCCGGGAGCCCCGGUCCUCGCAGGAGUCGUCAGGAGGAUUCUUCGCCCUAAUUAUCCGGGGAGGAAGGCGCGCCUUCCCGGAGACCGCUAGGCAACACUCACCACGGCAGCCUCCGGAUUACUUCCCUCCGUGGUUGUGCGACUUGGUCUAAGCAACUCGCACUUACAGUAGAUCCUCACCGGCGAGGGCGAGCGGCGGAGGGCGGGGGAGCCGCGGAGAGGAGGAGGGCGGGGUGGGAGGCGCGGAGCGCGGGGGCGGAGGAGGCGACGGAGCCCCAGACACAGCAGGAGCGCGUCGUGGCCGUGCAGUCUCCGCCGCGCCUUCACCGCCGCGCGCGCCGCCUCCUCCGCGAGCAGCGGGAACCGCAGCGGCUCCCGGCCGCCGCCGCCAGGACCUCCUCGCGUCGGCGCUCAGCCGCAGCUAUUUCCUUCUGCCGGCCUCUUUGAACUCUCGGGAUCUUCUCCUCUCGCCUCUCUACGUGUUCACCCUACGCUGUAUUUUCACUCCUCUUCCUUUAUCCUUAGGCACCCUGCUUUUUUCUCCCUUUUUUGAGGAUUUCUUCUUGACUUACAAUGACUUGUCUUCUUACCCUCGUCCAUUGCAGCCCUGAAGACUGAAAAGGGACCCUUCUCUUCCCCCCCAGUGGCAUUUAAAAGACCGCAGUCCUUGGAAGUCUUAAGCAAAGGAAAAGGACGCGGGACCUUCUGGACACCCGUGAGUCCAGUCCGGAACUGCACUACCACCAUAACUAGUAUUUCAUUUAACCCCACGGGAAAGGACGCAGGAGCCGGAAACAAACUUCAGCCUUCUCAGAGGAUCCGUGGUCCCCGCAUCUGGAGCAGCCGCGCGCCCCAAGGCGGAGGACCCCACGGGGACCGGCGGGGCCGCGAGCUUCCCUUGCCCCCCGCGCGAGGUCGGAGCCACGGACUGAGCCGCGCGGGACAGCGGCGGCGGAGGCGGCAGAAAAAGAUGCGGGGCUCGCGGCCCCCUGGUGCGGGACGCCGGCGGCCCCCGGGCGGUGGCGGCGAGCCCCCCAUUGCCCCUGCGUCUCUGGCCGGCUGCUACUCCGCACCUCGCAGGGCGCCCCUCUGGACGUGCCUGCUCCUGUGCGCCGCGCUCCAGACCCUGCUGGCCAGCCCCAGCAACGAAGUAAAUUUAUUGGAUUCACGUACUGUCAUGGGGGACCUGGGAUGGAUUGCUUUUCCAAAAAAUGGGUGGGAAGAAAUUGGUGAAGUUGAUGAAAAUUAUGCUCCUAUCCACACAUACCAAGUAUGCAAAGUUAUGGAACAAAAUCAGAAUAACUGGCUUUUGACCAGUUGGAUCUCCAAUGAAGGUGCUUCCAGAAUCUUCAUAGAACUCAAGUUCACUCUCCGGGACUGCAACAGCCUUCCUGGAGGACUGGGGACCUGUAAGGAAACUUUUAACAUGUAUUAUUUUGAGUCAGAUCAUGAAGAUGGAAGAAACAUCAAGGAAAACCAGUACAUCAAAAUCGAUACUAUUGCUGCUGAUGAAAGCUUUACAGAACUUGACCUUGGCGACCGUGUCAUGAAACUGAAUACAGAGGUCAGAGAUGUAGGACCUUUAAGCAAAAAGGGAUUUUAUCUUGCUUUUCAAGAUGUGGGUGCUUGCAUUGCUCUGGUCUCUGUGCGCGUGUACUAUAAAAAGUGCCCGUCUGUGGUACGACACUUGGCUGUCUUCCCUGACACAAUUACUGGAGCUGAUUCUUCACAGUUGCUCGAAGUAUCAGGCUCCUGUGUCAACCAUUCUGUGACAGAUGAAUCACCCAAAAUGCACUGCAGUGCUGAAGGGGAGUGGCUGGUGCCCAUCGGGAAAUGCAUGUGCAAGGCAGGAUAUGAAGAGAAAAAUGGCACCUGUCAAGUGUGCAGACCUGGGUUCUUCAAAGCCUCACCUCACAGCCAGAGCUGCAGCAAAUGCCCACCUCACAGUUACACCCAUGAGGAAGCUUCAACCUCUUGUGUCUGUGAAAAGGAUUAUUUCAGGAGGGAGUCUGAUCCACCCACAAUGGCAUGCACAAGACCCCCCUCAGCUCCUCGGAAUGCCAUCUCAAAUGUUAAUGAAACUAGUGUCUUUCUGGAAUGGAUUCCUCCUGCUGACACUGGUGGAAGGAAAGAUGUGUCAUAUUAUAUUGCAUGCAAGAAGUGCAGCUCCCCAGCAGGUGUGUGUGACGAGUGUGGCGGUCAUGUCAGGUACCUCCCCCAGCAAACCGGCCUGAAAAACACCUCUGUCAUGAUGGUGGAUCUGCUCGCUCACACAAACUAUACCUUUGAGAUUGAGGCAGUGAAUGGAGUGUCCGACUUGAGCCCAGGAGUCCGGCAGUAUGUGUCUGUAAAUGUAACCACAAAUCAAGCAGCCCCCUCUCCAGUUACCAAUGUGAAAAAGGGGAAGAUUGCAAAAAACAGCAUCUCUUUGUCUUGGCAAGAACCAGAUCGCCCCAAUGGAAUCAUCCUGGAGUAUGAAAUCAAAUAUUUUGAAAAGGACCAAGAGACCAGCUAUACAAUUAUCAAAUCUAAGGAGACAACUAUUACUGCAGAGGGCUUGAAACCAGCUUCAGUGUAUAUCUUCCAAAUUCGAGCACGCACAGCAGCAGGCUACGGUGUCUUCAGUCGAAGAUUUGAGUUUGAAACCAUCCCAGUGUCAGUUGCUGCAUCCAGCGAUCAAAGCCAGAUUCCUAUAAUUGCUGUGUCUGUGACAGUGGGAGUCAUUUUGUUGGCAGUGGUUAUCGGCUUCCUCCUCAGUGGCAGUUGCUGCGAAUGUGGCUGUGGAAGGGCUUCUUCCCUGUGCGCUGUUGCCCAUCCAAGCCUAAUAUGGCGGUGUGGUUACAGCAAGGCAAAACAAGAUCCAGAAGAGGAAAAGAUGCACUUUCAUAAUGGGCACAUUAAACUGCCAGGAGUAAGAACUUAUAUUGAUCCACACACCUACGAGGAUCCCAAUCAAGCAGUCCAUGAAUUUGCCAAGGAGAUAGAAGCUUCAUGCAUCACCAUUGAAAGAGUUAUUGGAGCAGGUGAAUUUGGUGAAGUUUGCAGUGGACGUUUGAAACUUCCAGGAAAAAGAGAACUACCUGUGGCCAUCAAAACCCUGAAAGUAGGCUAUACUGACAAGCAACGCAGAGAUUUCCUGGGUGAAGCAAGUAUCAUGGGGCAGUUUGAUCAUCCUAACAUCAUUCACUUAGAAGGCGUCGUGACCAAAAGUAAACCAGUGAUGAUAGUGACGGAGUAUAUGGAAAAUGGCUCUUUAGAUACAUUUUUAAAGAAAAACGAUGGGCAAUUCACUGUGAUCCAGCUUGUUGGCAUGCUGAGAGGCAUCGCUGCAGGAAUGAAGUACCUUUCUGACAUGGGCUACGUGCAUAGAGACCUUGCUGCCAGAAACAUCUUAAUCAACAGUAACCUUGUGUGCAAAGUGUCUGACUUUGGACUUUCCAGGAUACUGGAAGAUGAUCCUGAGGCAGCCUAUACCACGAGGGGAGGCAAAAUUCCAAUCAGAUGGACUGCCCCAGAAGCAAUAGCUUUCCGAAAGUUUACCUCUGCCAGUGAUGUCUGGAGCUAUGGAAUCGUGAUGUGGGAGGUUGUGUCUUAUGGGGAGAGACCCUACUGGGAGAUGACCAAUCAAGAUGUGAUUAAAGCAGUAGAGGAAGGCUACCGUCUGCCAAGCCCCAUGGACUGUCCUGCUGCUCUCUACCAAUUAAUGCUGGAUUGCUGGCAGAAAGACCGAAAUAGCAGGCCCAAGUUUGAUGAAAUAGUCAACAUGUUGGACAAGCUGAUUCGUAACCCAAGUAGCUUGAAAACACUGGUUAAUGCAUCGAGCAGAGUAUCUAACUUAUUGGCAGAGCAUGGCUCACUGGGCUCUGGAGCCUACAGAUCAGUAGGUGAAUGGCUUGAAACAAUCAAAAUGGGCCGGUAUACAGAGAUUUUCAUGGAAAAUGGAUACAGUUCAAUGGACGCUGUGGCUCAGGUGACCUCGGAGGAUUUGAGACGGCUUGGAGUGACUCUUGUCGGUCACCAGAAGAAGAUCAUGAACAGCCUUCAGGAAGUGAAGGUGCAGCUGGUAAAUGGGAUGGUGCCCUUAUAACUUCAUUUUAAUGUCAUUUCGUCAAGUGAAUGAUUCUGCACUUUGUAAACAAGCCCUGAGAUUUAUUUUAACAAAAAAAAAAAAAAAAGGAAAAAGGGAACACAGUGAUUUCUAAACCUUAGGAGAGCAUUUGUUUCAACCACAGAAUUUGUAAUCAGUGUUUUACUAAAACCUCCUUAUCUUCCUCCCAGUGUCUUCAUUUUUCAUGAAACAAAUAGAACCUGAAUGGAAUAAGAACAUGAGGUUAAACAUGUACAACAACAAAACCCUUCCUGCCACUUCUACAAAAUUUUAUAAAUGAAAUAUAUAGCUAUAUAUCGCACCUUUAUAGACUGAUUUAAGGCAGCCCCUUUCAAAACUUCCAAGAAUCUACUUGAAAGGAAACAUUUUAUAGCCAUUUGUGGGCUAACAAAAGCUGCAAUUUACUGAAGUUUACUUCAAGUCUUAAUUGUCUACAUAAGUGUAUUGAAGAGCAAUAUGGUUAGAUAAUUUCUUAAUGGAUAUCUUCUUUUGUAAUUUUAAAAUGCUGUUACACAGCAUUAAGUUAUAGAAACUAGUGUAUAGACAUGUUGCUUGAUUGAGGACAGGUACAAUACAGGGUGUAUAUUUAUUUUUCCUUGUUAUAAAAUUUACUUUUAGCUGCUCUUCCAGAAGCUAUUAGGUAAUAAUUGUGUAUAUAUUGUAUAAUUUGCUAUAUACCCAGGAAUCAAUUUAAGUUGGAGUUUUGUGUGUGUGUGUUUGCACAUGUGUACAUUACCAUUCUGCUUGCAUUUUUAAUAGUGUUUUAAUUUUAGCAACAUACAUGAGCAAGUGUUCCAGAGUAUAAUAUAGAGAAGCAGUAAAACAAAAUUUAACAAAGCUUGUGUCCUUUUUUCCUCUCUGUGUCCAAAAGCUUAUAAAUCUCUUUAUUCGCUAAGAGGAAAUGUCUAUACGGUUAAAUCCCCUUUGGCUUUUUAAAAACACUUUCUGGUAUCUGUGGCAAUACAGUUCUUUUAGCCAUUAAUCUUGCACCCCUGUAAGAAAUGUCACCUUUCUGAGUCCCAGAAAAUAUCUUGUCAAGUGAAGCUGACAUCGAAGGGCACAUUUUCAGCAGGAUAUAGAAGGAUUUAACUGGGCAUGCUUCUGUUAAUGUUGUUAAAUCCAGGCACAUAGCACUAAGCAUUACCCCUAAGUGUUAAUCCUUUGUAACUAUUUCCCUUGUGGGUCAGCUCCAGAAAUUUUGAUACUAAGGCAGUAAUGGAAUGAUGACGAAUAUGUAUUUUUUUCCUUCAGAAUUUUCUCUAUUUCAAGACUUAACAAGUUUUAUUUGUUGAAGGCCAUUCAUUCAUUUGGCACUUUUAUCUUGUAUUCAGUUACACUGAAUUGAAUUUGUUUUGAUAACCCAGUUGGAAGUAUUAUUUAAUUGGCCUUAUUAAGGAAUAUAAUAUAUAUAUCACAGUUGGUUUUUUUUCUUUCUUUUUUGACUUCCUCCCGCUGUGCCCAGAGGGGCUAUUGUUCCAGACAGCAUUUAGGGCAGGGUGCACAGAAGGGAGAAGACCUUGGGACAGGAAUCUUGAACCACAGGAGGCUAGGGAGCAAAGGCAAGCCAGCAUCUCUCCUCUCCCUCACCCUUGGUAGAUAUACAACACACUUGGUGACGACAUUUAUGGUACAAAUUAUUCAGUUUAUUAGAACUUGACCAAAACUGAGCUCCUGGGUAAAAUACCAAUUUUUUUAGUAUUACACUUAGUAAAAAUCAUGGAAUGACAUGCAAUUAUUCAAAGGAACAUGGCAUUUAAACAAAACAUAGCCUACUCAUAAUUAUCAAUGGCAGCAGUGUAUUGGAGAAGCCUGGAUUAAUGAAAUCCAUAGGAAAUAUACCUGCACUAUAUUAAUAGUACUCUCUGUCUUUCCCAAGCACCUAUUUUAGUUGAAUGUUAAGACAUACAAGAAUAAUUUGGAGAAAUAAAUUCUUUCUACUGUGCCCACCUUUCACUCAAGCAGUAAAGUUACUCUUUGCUAAAGAACACAGCAAAAAAAAAAAGAAAA